GUAAAUAUACAAAGCACCACCACCUGCCACAGUUCAAACCAAGAUUUCUCUAGUCUCUACCCCCGUCCUCCGCCGCUUCUUCUUCUUGCAUCCGGCUCACGAUUUCGAGCGGCCUCCUAAUCCGACCGCCCGACCGCCGUAGGAGCGUCGGUAUCCCCGUGGCUGCGGCAGUCUUCUCGAACCCCGGUUGGUCCCAGUUGGUGAGAAACCCCCGCAUCGAAUUGGCGGCCGGGGCGCGGGAUGCAUGAUUCGAUUCUUGGCUGCUGCUUGUGCUUGAGCGCUUGACAGAGCUUGGCGAGCUGGGCUUUCUCUAGGUGGAAAGGUAGGGAGUGGAUAGGCUUUGUCGGUGGGUCCUUUUUUCCGGGGAGAAUUCGCCUGAGUUCCUUGGAAUAAAAGAAGAUUUGCGAUCCUUAUAGGCCGCGCGUUUCUUGAUCUGCUGCUGUGGAAGUUGAUCUUGAUCCUGUUCCUGUUCGUCGUCUUCAUGGGUUUUAUGGUUCUUUUUUAACCACUGGUGCCAGUUCGCGAUUGGUGUAUCAUCACGGUGGUGUGUAUUGUGCUGAAUUGGAUAAUUUGGGUUGGAGAUGGGGCCGGAAAUGACAGAGCAGGAUGGAGGGUAGGAAAAGGAAGGGAAAAUUCAGGAAUUCUCUCAGGCGGAUGGCUAUGGAGUGCCUGUGCUCUGGUGAGCAGCUCAAGGGGGCAGAUGAGACCGUCCGCUCAUCUGAUUCUACAAUCACAAAAGAUUUCUCGGCCAGCGGGUACUCUUCUCGGAAUGGAGAGAUUGAGCAGUACCUUGAUAAUGGCAACAUAGAGGAAGCCGAGUUGUCGCUUCGGGAGGGCAUUUGCCUAAAUUAUGAGGAAGCAAGGGCAUUGCUAGGAAGGCUCGAAUAUCAACGGGGUCAUGUAGAAGCAGCACUCCGUGUCUUUGAUGGGAUAGACCUGUCUGCAUUAGUCCCUAAGAUGAAAAUCUCAAUUGCUAGAAAAGCAGAUCGUCGGAAGACUCAUUCACAGUGGGAUUCUCCACCAAUGCCCUUGCACGCUGUCAGCCUUCUCAUGGAGGCCAUAUAUCUUAAAGCAAGAGCACUUCAUGAUCUUGGGAAAGAUAAAGAAGCUGCACAAGAAUGUAAAAUGAUAUUGGAUAUUGUGGAAGCAGCCGUACCUGAAGGCUUGCCAGCAGGCUUUGGAAAAGGCUGUAAAUUGAACGAAAUAAUAUGCAAGUCUGUAGAGUUGCUCCCUGAGCUCUGGAAAUCAGGGGGGUUUUCACUUGAGACCAUUUCUUCAUACAGGAGGUCACUUCUCAAUAAUUGGAAUCUUGAUGGAGAGACUAUAGCAAGGAUACAAAAGAAAUUUGCUGUUUUUCUCCUAUAUAGUGGCUGUGAAGCGCGCCCUCCAAAUCUUCAUUCUCAGUUGGACGGUUCAUUUGUACCUCGCAACAAUAUGGAAGAGGCUAUUCUUCUUUUGAUGAUUCUUUUGAGGAAAUUCAAUCUCAAAAGGAUUGAGCGAGAUCCAUCUGUGAUGCAUCACCUUACUUUUGCACUGUCCAUGUCAGGACAGCUAAUUCCACUGGCUGGACAGUUUGAAGAAUUGUUACCUAGCGUGUUAGACAAAAAAGAAUGGUUGUACAGCGUUGCAUUGUGUUAUUUAGCAGAAGAAGAUGAUCUGAGUGCCCUGAAUCUACUCAAAAGAAUACUAAAGUCUGGAGAGGAUUCUGAUCAUCUCAAAGAACUACUCCUAGCUUCAAAGGCUUGCAUUGAGAUGAGUGCUCAUAGUGAAGGUGCUUCUUAUGCAAGGAGAGCCAUUGCUAAUAUGCAGGGAGGAUGCAAACCAAUGGCAGGACUUGCAGACCUAUUGCUUGGUGUUGCACUCUCUAAUCAGGCUAGAAGUGCCAUAUCUGAUACAGAUAGAGCUUCGUGGCAGUGUGAAGUGCUGGAAGCCCUUGGGAAUGCUGAAAAAAAGUUGCAUGGGAAAGAUUCUAGGGCAUUGUACAGUCUCAGCCUUGAAUAUGCUGUGCAGAGGAAAUUAGAAUUUGCUGCCUUUUAUGCAAAGAGGCUGGUGAAACUUGAGGCUGGAUCAGAGUUGAGGAGUUGGCUCCUUUUAGCUCGAAUACUUAGUGCUCAAAAGCUGUUUGCUGAUGCUGAAACAGUUGUUGAUGCUGCUUUAGAUCAGACUGGGAAAUGGUGUCAAGGAGAUUUAUUGCGGACCAAAUCCAGAAUUCAGGCUGCACAGGGGCAAUUCAGAGAUGCGGUUGAAACAUACACCCAACUUCUUGCUAUCAUUCAACUUAGAACGAAAAGUUUAACUGCUGGAAUUUGCUUCCCAAAGGGCAACAAGGAUGAUAAAGGGCUGGAAACAGAGACUUGGUAUGAUCUAGCUCUCUUAUACCUAGAUAUGGCACAAUGGAGGGAUGCAGAGGUUUGUGUAUUGAAGAUAAGAUCCAUCAGUCCUUAUUCUGCAUUGGCUUGGCAUGCUACAGGAAAAAUAUAUGAAGCAAAAGGUCUUACAAAAGAAGCUUUGGGAGCUUUUUUCAGAGCUUUAGAUCUUGAUCCUAAACAUGUCCCAAGUUUGAUAUCAACUGCCACUGUUCUACGACAACUUGGUGACAGGCCAUUGCCUUCUAUACGGUGCUUCCUGACUGAUGCAUUGCAACUGGAUAGAACUAAUCAUGUUGCAUGGUUCAAUCUUGGCCUGCUUUACAAAGAGGAAGGUGGCAGGUCAGCGGCUGAGGCUGUUGAAUGCUUUCAAGCUGCUGCUUUUCUUAAAGAAACAGCACCUGUAGAACCUUUCAGAUGACAGAUAUGUCUACAGGGACUAUAGAUGUAAGCUGCUGUAUGUAUUUUGAUAUAUUUCAGUAUUUCACUGAUGAAAUAGUGGAUUACAGAGUUCUAGAAAUGAUUGGGAGAUCAUAACAUCAGAAACUGUUGUAAAAAAUGUUAAACAAUUCAAUCUAUAGUUCCAAUUGUUGCCUAUGUAGCAACAGGAAAGACAAUGCUCUUCAACCUUGUGUAGGAACAGUGCUUACUGUGAUACGUAGGUAGAUGACCAGUACAUUGUGUAUCUUGAGUAAAAUGGUUUCACAUAUGAGGUAUCAGACCACUCUUCGCUAUUAAGAAUUUAGUAAAGAUAUAAAAGAUGUUCUGGGG